GAGCUCCGAAGGCUCCCAGCGUACCUUGCGCGUCUCCAUGGUUACUAGCCCCGGGCAUCCAACUGAGGCCUAGGCCGCUGCGGCCUAGCAGGCGGGAUGAGGCGACCGGGCGGGCCGGCGUCGCCGCUUCUCCCGAGGCGGGCCGUUUUCUUUCUCUUGCUGCUACCAGGGGUUUGCCCGUCCACGGCGGGGCCGACGAGCGAAGCCUUUUCGAAGCCGGCCACCAGUCCGGGCGGAGCCACAGCGGCGGGGUCGACAUCGGAGCCCACUCCUCUUUCGCCCCUCAGCCAGGCGAUGUCGACGGCGGGCCCCGUCGAGGCAUCCAGCCCGCGUCUCACGUCUCCCCAAACGCCGCCUCAUGUCGGCCCGUGGCCGGCGCCCGUGACCGAGGUGACUGAGCUCUGCGUCUGUGACCUGCUGGAGAAUCAAUGUGACGUAAACUGUUGUUGUGAUCCUGUUUGCACGGCUGCGGAUUUCAGCAUCUUUACCGCCUGUUCGGUUCCCGUUGUCACCGGUGACGGGCACUUCUGCAGACAACCAGAAGCCCUCUACUCCAUAGAUCGAUCGGUUCAGCCACCAGAAAGGAUAUUCCAGCUAGUCGAAAAAGUCAACCCUUCUGUGUUCUGCCUUCAGACCUCCAACUAUAAAGCCGGCCUCUCCUUCCAAGCUCCAGAAAUACCCACUCUGCAGAAUUUCGAUAGGCUCCUUCAAGAAUUUGACAGGGGCAGCUUUGCUACUGGAAAGGAUCUGGUGCUGGAAGCGCAGUCGGAGACCCCGCGUGAGGCUGGUGCAAACGACACCAGCAGAUACAAAUUUAAGGACCUCAUUCAAACAACCGACGGCUUUCUGAGGCUGCCUGCUCCACUUUUUUCUCGCUGUGCUCAUGACAACCCUGCAGGCUUCUUAAUGACCCAGGCUGAAAAAUGCAACACGGCGAUGAAGAUGGAUGGAUGCACCACCCUUCCGGAACUCGGCAUGCCAUUUUACACCAAUUUUAGCAUUUUGGUGGUGCCCAAUUCCAGCCAAACAGUUAACGUCACCAUCCAGUCCAUCACCAUUCAGGCGCCGGAUGGGCUGCGCACUCGCCUGGCUAAUGCAGACGUUGUGUUGCUCCCUGCGUUAAACGAUCAGUCGUGCAGCAACGUCGUUCUUGAGGCCAGGUAUCUCAUCACCUUUACCGAGGCAGGUGAAAUCGUGGAGGCCACCGUCUCGCUGGUUCUGGGGACAGUUCAUACCAGCGUCGUUUUUCUGCAGCAGAUUUUCGCCAUCCGUUUCAUACAGCAAGAUACUCGGCCUGUCCCUUUCAGCGGAAGCCCUGGUUAUCUUGUGGGGUUACCGAUAAGAGCCGGAUUUAGAUCAGCUGGCUCUGGAGUCAUUCAGAGUCUGAACGAUGAAAGCCAGCUGACCAUGAUGAAAAGCACCACAGCCCAGGAUUGUUUCCGGGCGGAAGGGAGCCGAACCCCAGUACUGUUUGGGUACAAUAUGGUGUCCGGAUGCAAAGUGCGGAUUACCGACAGUGCCGAAUGUGUGCUUCUGGCUCCGGAGAUCCUAAGGGUGUUGAAGGGCCAAAAUUUCCCAGACUACGUGGCCUCGUUUGGAGAUUCCUUGCCUCAGAACGGACCGGACUGGGUCCAAAUCUCUUACAAUUUCACCAAACUGGCCACCUGUGAAAUCCCCGUGUCCUUUCAAGUGGAAGUGAAGUGGACUAAAUACGGCUCCUUGGUGAACCCCCAGGCUAAAAUCGAGAGCCUCACGGUGAUCCUAACAACGGCUGCCUUACCCAAGGUCGAUUCAGGAAGCGAAAGCAUCAUCCAGAUAUUCAGCUCCGUCUCCUUUGAUGACAUCUCUGCCCCUGCACAGCCAGGAUACAAAGCUUGGCCCACCAUUGAAGCCCGCCUGCCCUUUGAUUUUUUCUUCCCUUUUGUUUAAAACCACCUGCAGAAUCCAAAGAUGCCGUGGUUUUUUUUUUAAAGGGGGGAAUCAUUCCUCGCUGAAGUUGAAAACAGUUGCUGCAUCAAAGUGAGCAGAGGCCAAGAUUGCUUCUGCCACCAUCGACUUUGGGAAGACCCCCAGCUGGGAUGAGGGUGGACCUCGGCAGAGUUUGGCUGAAGAUCUUCCUGCUGUUGCUGCUAGUUCAUAAGCGAAUACGGACCGAGGCCCGGAUUCUGCCAGGUGCUACUGCGCAAGAGAAACACGCAGAUGGGAAAGCCGGGAAGUGGAGUCCACGCAUUUGGCAGGCUCCAGAUUGGAGAACUUGGCUUGCUAUACAUCCCGAGUCAAGUCGAACGGGGUCUUCGGGAACUUAAGAAGCAAUCAUUAAUGGAGGCCAGAUGUCAGAAUGCUCAAAGGGCAUCAGAAAAAUAAAGAAUUAAAAAUUCUGAAACAGGAACGUUGGAGACGGAUUCUGCCCUUGUACCUUAAGAAACUUCUUCCGACUCUUUACAAGGGCAGCUUUUGUGAACUACCGGAGGCCGCUUCCGAAUAUGGAUUGGAAUUUAUUACAUUAUUAUUUCUGCUAAGUUUUGUGAAACUGUACAGCUGUACAAGAAAGAAUGGCAUAGCUGAUUUGAGAGUGCUGAAGCUGUUCUACCACUCCCGGUCUCCAAAAGAGAUCUAGGCCAGCCGAGUCUCAGCUGAGUGCCCUCCAACCAACACCUCCCCCCCCCCCGCCCUGCGAGCAGGAUUGGGAGGAUGGCGGAAGGCAGCGUCCACUCUAUCUGAAGGGCAUCAGCUCUGGAGGAAAGCAGCCCGCGCUAAUAAAUGUGCCAAAGGAUCUAUUUACAAGGUCACCCUGUAAACGUAAGCUAACUUCUCAGGGCCAGAACAGGAUCCAAGGAAGAGAUUUGGCCACCGUAGGUCCAGGUCAGGCGUCUUAUUUGGACUGGUUGAGGAGCCCAUGUUGCUUCAUGAGGUUGUUCAGCCUUUCAAUUUCUAUUUCCUGUUGAAGAGAAAGAAAUGAGGUGAUUUCCUGUGUCCCUCAGGCCUUGAGGCAUCUUUUUAUCAACAGCCCUUUUCCAUUUUGGGUGGGGGGCGAAACAGACAAGAAAAAAUGGAAUUUAAAAGCUCUGAGGGGAGCCUAUGACCAAUUACUUCUUAAUUAUUGAAUAAAAAUGAUCACGUCUGAAUUCUCA